AUGACUGUACAACAUAAAACCAUGCCGCAAGUCACAAUCCUUACGAUGGCUGAAGAUAUUUAUUACAAUCUAGUUACUUCUAUCGUACAAGACAUUGUUUCUAGAGCCACUAGUCAAAACCAAUUUUUAAAUGCAAGAUACCCAAAUAAUCCAACAUUAAAUUAUGAUCCAAACGGUAAACUUGAUAUAUACGGUCGCCAGAAACAGCAAGAAUCAUCGAUAUACUUCAGAUGUAAUAAUUGUGAUAGGGAUAUUUCAGCAAAUAGGUUUGCUGCCCAUUUAGAGAGAUGCAUGAGCAGAGGCGGUAGAAGAGGAUAA